GUGUGAGGUUGAAGGUCAGCCGAAAACAGGUGUAGAUGGAGAAUGCGGUUCCUGAAUUCGCUCGUCGUUUGUACAAAGAGUGGCGUGAUUUUACUGCUGAACCAGUCGAAGGUAUCCAGUUGAUGCUCAAUGACCAAGAUAUGACGGAAGUCCAAGUCAGUUGUAUUUCUGUCUUCUAAUUUGUCAGGUCGUACUUGACGGUCCUGUUGGUACCCCUUAUGAUGGUGGCAAAUUCCGUCUGAAGAUGUUGAUCCCUAUGCAGUAUCCGAUGGAACCGCCGAAGGCUUACUUUUGCACGAAGAUAUUCCACCCAAACAUAGCACCAAACACCGGAGAGGUUUGCGUAAACACACUGAAGAAGGAUUGGAAAUCCAAUUUAGGACUACGACAUAUCCUUCUAACUAUAAGGUGUUUGUUGAUAGAACCCAAUCCAGAGUCAGCUCUUAAUGAGGAGGCUGGAAAAUUGCUAUUAGAAGAUUACAGUGAGUUUGUGGCAGAAGCUCGGCUCCUCACAGAAGUACAUGCUUACUGGCACGUUCGGGAACAAGCGAAAGUCAGUAGUCAGAAGAUGCAUCAAGACGACCAUGCAAGUGUCGAUAUGUAAGUUGACUCAGCACGUGUAUAAACUUGAUGUUAAUACGUAAUCUAAGCUUACAAUUCAAUAUUUACAAGGCCGCAGAAAAUCUGCAGUCAGAAGACAUAAUCAGUAUUUUUUAGUAUCGCUUAUUGUAUUCUCCCGAGUUGUUUAAGGUUUACCACCUAAUUUUAUCUCUCCUAAGUUUUAGUUGUGUUCCUCUCGAUUUUCGUGACAGUUUUGUGCAAGCCAUGUUACAAACUCCGUUUAUCUCCUUUCAGUAUUAUAUUUUAUAACUAAAGGCUGUCAUAUCGAACGAAAACGAAGGGUAUUGUCUGUAUGGGAUUCCGAUGGUAGAUGCGUUAGAUAUUUAUUUGAACCUCUUCUGAAACUUUAUUCCUUGUUGCAGAUUUAGGCGUAGGGUUGAUGACAGUUAGGUACCACUGACACUUAUCAGGUCAAAGACCAGAAAAGUCAGACAAGACUACUUUCAUUAUUUUGGUCGCGAUAUGUAUUAGUAAUCAUAUAAAUGAAAUUCCAUGGGCUGCGCAGUAUAGCGUUUCGUGUUUAGGUUUUCUUUGAGCUUUCACAAAUGCUUUCUUCCAUGUAGUCUGGUCAUGGUACAUGUGUCCCGAUUGUAUCCUUUAUCCUAUUUAAAUUAUUUGUUAGUUCUAGUUAUGGUUAUGUAAGUUACUUUUCAGGGUUAUUUUUUCAGUCGUUGAUACUAUUGUUGGAAGUUUGCGAACUAAUUCCAACUCAGACUUUUUGCACAGUAAAUAAAUGUAACUGAUGUAAAACGUGUUAAUAUAAAUAAUAUUGAGUAACGUAAUCAGAGUAUUAGCUGUGGGUUGUCUUUUCCUAAAUUUCUCAUAAAUUGAUUUUUAUCCAAUUAAAAUACAUUAGCUCAUAAAGACCUUCAGUAGUAACGGUUUUUUAACGUUUGUAACCAUGAUCUAGUAACUUUUCACAGAACAACAUAAAAUUACGUGAUAAACUCCGCAUUGUUCUCAAAGUCUCGGUAUUUCGCUGUUAUCUCAUUUCAGGUCAGGCAAUUCGACUGAUGCGCGUACACAUUCUAAAGUGACACAACGCAACAACUCAUCAUUUCGUAAAGCGCUCAAACGGUUGUAGUACCUAAGAGCGCAAUGCUCCCUGAAUGAAGACUUGUAAUGAAUAAUCUAUACCUUGUGCAUUUAUGUAAAUUAUAUGAUAAUUGUACUUUAGCUUACUUUUAAUUCCUACCACUGAAUAUUUUGGUCGAUAACACAAAAACAGUAGCUGAAUUUAUUACCACGUGAAUCAACCUAUUAGUGAAAAUAUGAUCUAAUUACAUCAAGCUACAUUUUCCGAACCCUAAUCAAAGAUCUAAAUUAUUAGACGUGCAUAACACCUAUGAAAUGCGGGAUGAUUAGUACGAGCAAACUCGUGUUUUAGAAACAGUUAACUUAUUUCCUCCCAGUUGUAGAGAAAGAGGUCUGUUAACCCAGAUGACCUACAACAUUCAUUGUAGUGAGGAUGUUAAGAUGUGUAUCGGGCUGUGUGAUGUUUAAAAUCCAGAACUGUUCUGUUUUACGACUGAAAUUAAACAGCUGAAGAUAAAGAACAUAUAGUUAUAUGCAUUUGACUAUCAGUGUUGUUGACGGGACCAUGAAGUACACAAUGCUAACGAGAAACGUUGGGAAUUACGGUGUUAAUCUGCACUGACUAAGGUGAUCAGGAGAUAUUUUGCAUUUUGAGAUGUAUAUAACAAUUUAUAUGGAGCAGAUCUACAACGGUAGAAACCUGAAAAUAGUCAAACUGACAAGUUGGACAACUACGUGUGAUACCGACCUGCAUAGAGUAUUGCGUAAUCUGUGGUCAUCGUUACGAAACUCAGUAGUUUGACAACCUAAUAUUGCAUCGAUUUACAUGAUGUGAGCGUAGACUAUUAUCGUAAAUCCUAAUCAUCUUAUGGUUGUGUUUAAUUACCCUGUUAACAUUUUUCUCUAUCUUAUCAAGCUUUGUAACCUGAAUCAGUGCAUUAUACUGCUAUAGGUUUUAAAAAGAUCUUUUUUUUGUCUAUAAAAAUAAGCUAUGAAGUUCUAAAUAACUUGGAAACUAAUUAAUUGGUCAAUAAAGAGAUAACGAAGUAAUGCUUAGGUACGAUGAGUUGGAUGUCAACGUAUGUCAGUGGAAACGGAAAAACCAGUAGCCAUUUGAAAUUUUAUUUUAUUACAGUCCAUGAUUUUUUUCAGCCGAACACCCUAAUAAUCAGUAAAAUCCAUGCAGAAACAACAAUAUGAUUAUGCCAUCCUGAUAUUCUUGGAAGAGCAGGUAGUUGAUAGUUUAAAAUUGAUCUAGUUCUUUCAAAGUGAAUUCUUUUCUAAACAGUAUUUAGAUUAUUUAGUGUUUGUAAAUAUAAUUCAUUCGCCAAAUAUAAGGUUAAACUAUUCGGAUUCGGGCCACACCCGUUAGGUCAAACCGAAAUAGGUGAUAUGAUGCGCGAAUUUACAACUUACACCUAACUAAUAGUUUAAUAUUUCUGAAAUACACAAGCACUGUGUUCUAUCGGUAACUAGUACAAUUGGCGUAAGAGAAAAACGGAAAUUACUUUGAACAAGGUCUGAUGCAAAGCCCAGGAAUCAGGCCAAACUUUCAACUAAUUGAAGAAUAGGUGACCUAACCAAACUAUUUUUUUCCAAAUCGCCUGACAUUACAUCAUGUUUACCUUGUGUUCAUUUGCUGUAUAUGAACAUGUUUCACUACAUCUGCUUAGUGGUCUUGUUUCUGAUUUCUAACUAUUCAUGGAAUUAAGUCAAUAAUACAGUCUUGUGAGUGGCCAUCACUUAACCACAUCAUAUCGUUCUGUUCACCUAUCGUUUAACAUUUUACCUAUUGAUUUCAAUCUGAAAUCCUGCCUCACCAACUAUAACAAGAACACUAUAAAAAUUGUUAAAAUGACUAGUAAAACAAAUGAAUCAAUUUAAACAAAACGAAAACUAUGGACAGAAGAUAUUCGUUGAAAUCAUUCAAACCCUAACAAUGUAGUAGAAAACAACAGAAAUUUACAGUGCUAAGUGUUAUUUUGUAUCACAUUUUUGCAAUGAUUUUAGCAAGUAUAAAGUGAUGUUUAUUGCAAACAAAAGUGCUUACUAGAAAGCAAAUAAAUUUAAGGAAAGUUACAAUAUAUAGAAUUGCAAAAUUACUACUCGGUGCGUGUUUUUUUUUAAAAAAGGCAAAAGAUUACACACUAUACAUGUGUUGUGACAAUAUGGACUUGAAAAACAUUAUAAGAGAUCAAAAAUAUUUGAUGAUAACUCUAAAGCUGAUAAUGAUAAUUGGAUCGGAGACAAACAAGUAGAUUUUGAGCAAUGCGUUGUGUUUGUAUUUAAAAAAUGGUUGGACUUAACCUAUUAUUCAUAUAAAAUAUUAGAAACAGUAUUUAUAUCCAUGUAUGGACUUAUGAAAUAACUGGCGGUGGGGUUACUGGUCCGAAUAUUUCCUCUACAUGUGUAAGCAAAUAUUCUAUACAUGGGACCUGUACAGACUUAAGUGCUCUAUAUGCGACAGACUCUACUUCUGGCCAAAUUAAACUAGGUCCGAAAACAAUAGCCAAAUUGUAAGAAUGCAUUUGGUUGAUACUGGACAAUUGCAUUACUCUAACAAAUGAAAAAGUACAAUACAAAGAAAUGAAGUUUAUUGAAAACAGAUUUUAAGAAAGUUAUGUGCAAGCUUAUUUAAACAACCCUCAACUUUUAAUGUAAAUAAAGGAUUCUAUGUUUAUACGCGUUAUGACCAAGAACUAAAUAAAUCAAUGUUACCUUAUUUCCUCUGUCAGUAUAUCGAUAAGACACUAUUCUAGUAUGGGUAGUUAAAGAGCUUCGAUUAAAAUACAAUGGAAUAAUCUCCAAGUCACCAAUAAUGUACUCAAACUUAUCGAUUUUCUCUUUGACUUCACUCAUCUCUAAGAACUCUUCAACUCUCACUUCAUAUGGAUGAGAUAUAACUGGUCAGUCUGAAAUAGUGUUCUUGAUCUCCAAAUACCAUGUAACAACUUUUGAAGUUGAUACUUUAACUUUCACCAGCUGGAAUCUUUAAAAUCCUUUUUAGAAUGUGUAUUGUUUUGAAAAAUGCAUAAAACACUUAUUCCUGUUGACUUAAUUCACCUGAAGUUAUAUGUUUAGAAUUCAAUUUGUGGAUGUUUGAAUCAUCUGGAAAUCUUGAUAUCCUUGAUUUUAAGGAAAUAACGUGACGACGACAAAGAAACAUUUGGAGUGAAUUUCAUUCGGUAGUGGCACAAGCAAUUUUUGACUGAGUGGUUUCAUGAGGAUGAUUUAAAACCUACAUAGAGUUCUAUGUCCAAGCAAUGUACAAGAAGUUAUUAAUUGUAAAUCGAACCUCUAGAUGAAUACUGUUAUUUCAUAUGGUUUGAAAUUAUUCGCGGAUGCGGUAGUGCAUUCGUUUUUCCUUGCUUUAAGAACGCAACACCACACAACAGCAAUACAUAACAUUACAAGUGGUCGGUCACAUGCGUAUGGGAUAUCAAUGGCGGCUUGCAUAGCUGGAUGCUAACAACUAUAACCGAUGAUGCGUGUCAUGGGUCAGUAUGCUAUUGUUGCACUAGUCCUCUUAAGUUUGCAGAUAGGCUCUUGCUGAUAUAGUGGCAACUACAAAAAGACCUUGGUCUAUGUCGAUUGUUUACAGUUCUAUUUUGAGAGACUAUUCCGAAUUAAGAACGUUUGGAAGAUGUCUCCUAAUACGGUAGGGAUCUGGGCGACUAGUCCGCACAACAUUUGAACAAUGGAAAUAUCAUGUGAUUGAGGAGUGAGAG